AUGACUGGUGAGAGCGGUAGUGGCAGUGCCCCCACCACAGGCGUAGGUGGCAUAAGCGUCAGUGGACUCACCAGUGCCGGUAGCUCGUUCUUGGGCAAACAAUUCUCGUUUACAUCUGGCAAAUCGAGCACUUCUGCCUCUUCGGGUCUAGGUGAUUCUGUGAUCUCCACACAACCCUCUCCGAAACCCGCCGAGAAACCGGUUGAUGCUCGAUCGGACACCUCGUCCACUUCCACACUGACCGCCGGCAGUGUUAGUUCCAGCAGCAAGCCCUCUUCCAGCGUUUUAGACACCUACGAUCAAGAGUCUAAAUACAAACCAGUCACCAAUUUUGAACCACAAGAGCGUGUCAAUCCCUUCGAUAAGGGAGCCAUGAAAACCAGCACGACCACCACAACCAUUGGAGGUGUGUCCACCACAUCUUCAUCUUCGAUUUCUUCGUCAUCUAUUUCUUCGCGUAUAAAUGCUCGUACGGACAGUACUUUUAAAUCGCCGCCACCACCAUCUAGACCACCGCCACCACCUCCUCAAAAUGCCUCGAUUGCUACCAACUCCAGUACCACCUAUCAGAGUUCGACUGCUUCUAACAAGGACAAGACCAGCUAUAUCUAUGGCAGUUCCACUUCCAUCGAAACCAUAACACGCAUGGACACUACCACGGCUACCGGUAAUACGGUAAGCAAUGCCACAGCCUCCACCAGCCUGGGCCAGAGCAGUCAGGGUACGGCAAACACCAAAUUAAGAAAUGAUACAGCAAACACCACCACAGACUGGAGAACUGCUAUAACAGCUCCAUUGAAUACUGGCACCCGCUCGGCCAGUGUCUACAGUGCACCAGCUGCGGUCACCGUACCAGCUACCGGCAGCGAAGAUACUCAAUCUACUGCGGCCGCUUCGAAUGGUUAUAAUGCCGCUACGGACUUGCCGUCGUACACACGACCCUCGUACUCAAGAUCCGAAAGCAAUGGUUCCAACAACUUGAAUAAAAGCUCAGAUUUGGAUAUAAUAUUUGGCGAUAGCCAGCCUGCCUUGGGCAAUGGCAAAUUUACCCGUUCUGGCGGUUCACUCUCCGAUGCUGAAUUGAUUUUCGGCACUCCUAGUUCCGCCUACAAGACCGAUCGUUUUGGUACUUCCAAGAGUAUGAGUGUAACAUCUGAUCGCAGCAGCAGUUAUGGCCAACCGAAUAGCAGUGCUAACAACUAUAAAAUCUAUGAGGGCAUACAAAAUGCUGCCUUUAGUGAUUUUAGUGAUGCUAAGAAAACCGACAGCCAGAGCAGUAUACCAGCGUAUAACAGUUGGAGAAAUAGCAACAAACAUUUAGAGGAAGAAGAUGAUUUAGAUUUAAAAUAA